GCAACAGCGCCAGCACGCAGCAGCAACAACAACAACAACAACAACAAUAAUAACAACAACAGCAGCAACGCAAGCAAUCAAGUGAAUAUCAGCAGCAACAACAACAACAAUCAGCAGCAUAGCAGCAGCAGCAGCAGCGACAGCAGCAAUGCAACACAGCACGCCAGCAAUAACAACAACAAUCACGACAGCAGCAGCCACAGCAGCAGCUUAGUUGUAAGCGGCCUAACAACAACAACAGCAACAGUUGCUGCUGCUGCUGCCAGCAACAACAAUCACAUUUAUGUAAAUCCGCAUAGCUACGACAGCGGCGGCAACAAUAGCGCAUCGACAGCAAUUAUGUUGCCGCUGCCGCUGACGCUGCAGCUGCAAUUGCCAGCGGACGGCGGCGGCAGCAGCAGCAACAACAGCAAUGUGCCCAGCCUAAGCGGCAUAAGUCGCCCGGCAACAUCGACAACAUUGAGCACAUUGAACACAUAUCUCUUUCCAUGCGGCGCCGACUCGGCGGGCACCAUUGGCGGCGGCACCUUCAACGGCAGCAGCAGCUGCGAGCUGGACAGCAAUUUUAGCCAAAUGGUUGCUGGCGGCGAUGCGGGCAGCAGCGCAGCGCACAGUCCGCUGGGCCUCGCUGUUAAUCUGGGCGGUUUUAUUAACAAGCGACGCAUACGCAAAUUAUUUGGCAUUGGCGCUGCAGCAGCAGCAGCUGGCGGCGACGGCGGCGGCGGCGGCUUUGGACCCUACGGCGCAGCGCUGCGACGUCGCAGCUCGCACUUGGUGCAGUUUCAUAAGAAGAAGCAGCAGCAGGAGCAGCUCGAGCAGCAGCAGCGCAUUGCAACAGUCGCUUCAGCCAAUGCGGCAUUUCUCGAGCGACGCGAGCAGCAGCAGCAACAGCAGCAGCAGCAGCAGCAGCAGCAAGUGUUGCUGCUGCCACCGCCUGAAAAGAAGAAGAAAAAGAAGCCACCUGGACCACCCGCUCAAGUGCGUCAGCAAGCCUCACGCACCAUGGAGGAUCCAAUGAUGAAUCGUCCGCGUCGCAGCGCGCCGGCGCCAACUAAAAAGGACAAGCCCAAGGAUCAGCUGCCGUGCUAUGACAAUGCGCAGACAAAAGUGAAUGAAACAUUCAACACGACAAUAAUAAUAUAA